AUUUAACAGAAAAGACUCGCUUACCGUAGUAUAAAAGAAGAAGGGGAGCGAACAAGUAAAUCACUUACCUGGACGGGGUCGACUCGUGAUCAAGAAGACAAGUGGCCUAGGCUAGUGACCUCCAUUGCACUGAGGAGGGGCGUUUAGCCUAAGGUCUCCCCAAGUGGGAGAGCCUGCGUCAUUAUUUGUGGCAGAGGGAGCCUGCGUUCGCGCGGCUCCUACCAUUCAAAAGUUUAAUAUUUUUUCAAUAGUUUCAUAAUUAUACCAUUCAAACUUUAAAUGAAGUUCCGUCUAAAAUUAUAUAUUCCAGACAUAUAUAAAAGUUUAUUGUUACGGGUUUAUGUAUGUUGACGAACGUACAACAUCCCACAUUGAUAAGACCAAACCGAUUCAUCUGGGCUUUCGGCCCAUUAGAGAAUACGUGGGCCAUUUCGAACAAAUUGAAUCAAUCUCAAAACUCUAAAAGAAAUUUAAGACGCAAUUUAUUUUCUCUUUCGUUUCGUAUAACAGGUAAAGCUCUUAUCGUCCCUCUUUGAACUUUUGAAUAAAUCUUUCCACUGAAUGUUCUGUAUAAUUGUUAGAAACUCCCGAGAGAUUGGAAAAUGAUGAAGAAAAGAAUUAACGAUUAUAUAUAAUAUUUUGCUGCAAAAAAAAAUCUAAUUGAGGAGCUUAGAUUAUAAUAAUUUGUCGUAUAAUUAUUGCGAACGUUACGAGUGCUCAUACGUUUUUUGGACUGUAGUGGUGAAAAUGAGUCGUGGAAGUGCAGCAGCUCCAAAGGGGAAGAGGAAGGGAGGAGUUGCCUUCACCAUAGAUUGUUCGAAGCCUGUUGAUGACAAGAUCAUGGAGAUUGCUUCGCUAGAGAAGUUUCUUCAGGAGAGGAUUAAGGUUGGUGGUAAAGCAGGUGCUCUUGAUGACUCUGUCUCCAUCACUCGCGACAAGAGCAAGAUCACCGUCACCUCUGAUGGCCAAUUCUCCAAGAGAUAUAAGAUAAUGUUAGUUUAAGUCUUGCUGGUAAGAUCUUGGUAGAAUUUGAAUGUUAGAAUCUUGAAUUUGUCUUGAGCUCACUGUUUGUUUAAUGUAUGUUUGGAUACCUCAAGGACCGUAACCUCUAUGAGUUGAGGUACUUCAAUAUUGCUGAGAACGAAGCUGAGGAAGAAGGCUAAGACCAAUAUUUUUUUCUUAGUUUUGGUUUGGUUUUAUCUCUGUUUUUGUUAGAUAUUAUCUAUUUUGACUGAAGUGAUACACUUUCUUUUUGU